AUGGCAGAUUUUGAGUGCGCCGGAGACGAAGUGUUAGUUGAAUCUUCGCCGCCUGCCUCACCUGAUAUGGCAGCGAGGCUCGCGACCCAAGCCCAGGGCGUAGUAGCAGCCGGUAGCACCUCGCCCCCUACAGUGCGUGAGCUCAUAGUCAUUCCGGAGCUACCUGAUUCUAUACAUUUGCAGCACGCUAUGCAACAGGUAACAAGUACCGUGGUGGAGGUGAACGGAGACAGUUCAGGUCACUCCAGUCCAACUGCAGAAGGCCAGCACACCUACAUCACUGUGACCAGUGAGACACUUGUGCAAGACACUUGGAGCCAAGCAGUCAUUCCACAGGUGCAGCUUGAGGAGAUAAGUGAUUACGAAAGCGAAGGCAGCAACGGCCCUAACUAUCAUAUGCAGUAUGUUACGGAGCCUCAAGAGAUUUACACGCAAGGUCACCAAACCCACAUGGAGACUCUUCGCUCGUACCCUGUGUACGGAGUGGCGACGGUAGGCGACGGCGCGACGGCUGAAGGUACUUCGGCCGACAGCGGCUGGGGCGGGGCCUCCUCCGCGGACUACACGGCGUAUGGCGUCGUUGUGGCCGCUGAUGAGGCGGAAGCUCCCGCUUCUCCGGACACGCCCGCAGGCCCGCAAGUGCCGCGCAUGCCGCCUGCCACUGUGCAGUGGCUGCUCGACAACUACGAGACUGCCGAAGGCGUGUCUCUGCCUCGCUCGACUCUAUACGCGCACUAUCUGCGUCACUGCGCUACUCACCGCCUCGAGCCCGUCAAUGCAGCUUCCUUUGGCAAGCUCAUACGUUCAGUGUUCGUCGGGUUGAGGACCCGUCGUCUUGGCACCCGCGGGAACUCGAAGUACCACUACUAUGGGAUCAGAGCCAAGCCGGGCGUUGACCAAGAUCAUGACGUGAGGGAGGAAGCACAAGAUCAACCUGAGAAUGGUGAUGAUAAAGCAGAUUUACCGGAUCAGCAGGAGGGUAGACCUCGUGAACGUACCCGGGCCACAAGCCCUACGGCGAAUCAACAUCGGCAGUACUUGGGAGCCGUUUCUCCGCCUGAACCACCACCGCUGUCCAUCGUGGACCUUCCCGAGGACGUGCCGCACGAAGCUUUAGAAGCUUUGAGGAGGCAUCAUAGGGAGCACGGGGCGGAGUUCCUGGAGGCGGUGGCGGCGCUGGACAUCUGCGCCGUGGAGCGCGCUCGCCGCGCCUUCUGGCGCCGGCCGCCGCCCUCGCUGUGCCGCCGCAUGCUGUGCCGCCUGGCCGCGCGCCGCGACGUGGCCGCCUGGCUGCGCCUGGCCGAGCUGCAGCUCUACCAGCGCGCCGUCGAGCUGCUGCUGCCCGACGUGCUGCGCCCCAUCCCGCCGCAGCUCACGCAGUCGAUCCGCAACUUUGCGAAGAGUCUGGAGGGAGCGCUGGCGGCGGGCGCGGGGGGCGCGCCGGGCGUGGCUGCGCGUGCGCAGGGCGCGGCCGCGGCGGCGCUGGCGGCGGCGCUGCGCCGCUACACGUCGCUCAACCACCUCGCGCAGGCCGCGCGCGCCGUGCUCACCAACCACCACCAGAUACAUCAGAUGUUAGCAGAUCUGAACCGCGUGGACUUCCGCGUGGUGCGCGAACAAGCCGCAUGGGCCUGUUCCUGUGCCAGUGCUGCCACUGCACACAAACUGGAGGCAGAUUUCAAGGCCACGCUGGGCCGCGGCGCGUCGCUGGAGCAGUGGGCGGGGUGGCUGGAGGGCUGCGUGCGCGGGGCGCUGGCGCCGCACGAGCGCCGCGCCGACUACGGGGCCCGCGCGCGCCGCCUGCUGCUGGACUGGUCCUUCUACUCCUCGCUCGUCAUCCGCGAGCUCACGCUGCGCUCCGCCGCCUCGUUCGGCUCCUUCCACCUCAUCCGCCUGCUGUACGACGAGUACGUGUCCUACCUCAUCGAGCGCAAGGUGGCCGCGCACCACAACGUGCCCUGCAUCGCCGUCAUGCAGCGCGUGCUCGAACAACCAGAAGAGGAAGAAAUCGUUCCUGAAGAGCCUUUGCGCGCGGACCCCGAUGAUGAUGAUCAAGAUUGGGAAUGGGACGACGAAGAGGAAGAAGAUGAAAGACCAGAAAGCAAGAGACCCCGCCUCCCGGAAUAA